GACUACACAUUGGGCGGAAGGUUUAGUACGUUACAUCGGAAGUAGUCCUGAAUCAUCCCGGCGACCAGUUUAGAAGUACCGACACUAUCAGCGCGCUGUUAUUGUACAUGGUCGUAUAAUUUAAAGUUGUAUCAUAUUCACAUUUAAAAAUGCUGAUUAAAGUGAAGACUCUGACUGGGAAAGAAAUCGAGAUCGACAUUGAGCCCACAGACAAGGUGGAGCGAAUUAAAGAAAGGGUGGAGGAAAAAGAAGGCAUCCCCCCUCAACAACAAAGACUCAUCUACAGUGGGAAACAGAUGAACGAUGAGAAGACGGCGGCGGACUACAAGAUCCAGGGCGGCUCGGUGCUCCAUCUCGUGCUGGCGCUAAGAGGAGGGAAGGCCACCCACGUCACCUCAUCAUGAGCGGCGCCCCAACCCGGGUGCCGGCCGUGUGCCAACGCUUUCGGCGUUCCCAUCAUUACCCACCCCUCACGACCGCCCAAAACGCCCUUCCGGAUGGAAAAAAAAAAAAGGAUGUUUGAUUCAUGGAUGUUUUUGUAACCCAUAUUGGCUUUCUGGGUUUGUCCCGCUCAUAGAAGCACUCGGGCUGUUGCUCUUUAAUGCUUGUUAAUAAAUGCUGAAGUUGA